UGCAAGACUGUAAGCAAUAAGAGGGCAGCAACUUCGUUCCCUGCCAAAUCUAUAACCCUGGAAGCGCAUCAGGCCAUAGGCAGGCCUCAGGAAAUGUUUGAACAAGUAAAUAAAUGGACGAGUGAAAUGAGGGGAUGAGAUGACGAGUCUCAUAUUCUCUAAGGGACCUUCCUCCCACAGGGAGUGGAAGACCUGCUCCACCUCUCAUCCUCCGCCCCGCCCACUCCCGCCGUUAAGCUGCAGACCGCGCUGCCGCCUCCAGAGGGCGCGGAGCGGCGGGGAUUUCCGCACGGAGGGUUUUGCGUGAGGCACCGCGUGGGGCGGGGCCUGCGGGCGGGCGCCCAGCGUCUGGGCUGUGUCGACCGCUGAGCGGAACGCGAUAGCAGGUUUGGGGCUGUGCGGCGGUAGCCGGAGCGGUUUGAGAAGCGCACGGGGCGAAGAUGGCGGCGGAGCGACAGGACGCGCUGAGGGAGUUCGUGGCGGUGACGGGCACCGAAGAGGACCGGGCCCGCUUCUUCCUCGAGUCCGCCGGCUGGGACCUGCAGAUCGCGCUAGCGAGCUUUUACGAGGACGGAGGGGAUGAAGACAUUGUGACCAUUUCGCAGGCAACCCCCAGUUCAGUGUCCAGAGGCACAGCCCCCAGUGAUAAUAGGGUGACAUCUUUCAGAGACCUCAUUCAUGACCAAGAUGAGGAGGAGGAGGAGGAGGAAGGACAGAGGUUUUAUGCUGGGGGCUCAGAGAGAAGUGGACAGCAGAUUGUUGGCCCUCCCCGGAAGAGAAGUCCCAACGAGCUGGUGGAUGAUCUCUUUAAAGGUGCCAAGGAGCAUGGAGCUGUAGCUGUGGAACGAGUGACCAAGAGCCCGGGAGAGACCAGUAAACCUAGACCAUUUGCAGGUGGUGGCUACCGCCUUGGGGCAGCACCAGAAGAAGAGUCUGCCUACGUGGCAGGGGAAAGGAGGCGGCACUCCAGCCAAGACGUUCAUGUAGUGCUGAAGCUCUGGAAAAGUGGAUUCAGCCUGGACAAUGGUGAACUCAGAAGCUACCAAGACCCAGCCAAUGCCCAGUUUCUGGAGUCUAUCCGCAGAGGGGAGGUGCCAGCUGAGCUGCGGAGGUUAGCACAUGGUGGGCAGGUGAACUUGGAUAUGGAGGACCAUCGGGACGAGGACUUCGUGAAGCCCAAGGGAGCCUUCAAAGCCUUCACUGGUGAGGGCCAGAAACUAGGCAGCACGGCCCCCCAAUUGUUGAACACGAGCUCCCCAGCCCAGCAGGCGGAAAACGAAGCCAAAGCCAGCUCCUCCAUCCUGAUCGAUGAGUCAGAGCCGACCACAAACAUCCAGAUCAGGCUUGCUGAUGGCGGGAGGCUGGUGCAGAAGUUCAACCACAGCCACAGGAUCAGCGACAUCCGACUCUUCAUCGUGGAUGCCCGGCCAGCCAUGGCUGCCACCAGCUUUGUCCUCAUGACUACCUUCCCAAACAAAGAGCUGGCUGACGAGAACCAGACCCUAAAGGAAGCCAACCUACUCAACGCCGUCAUCGUGCAGCGGUUAACAUAACCACCUGGCCGCUGCCUCAUACCCUCCUGUGUCUCCACGCUGCAGCCCUGCCCCGUGGGGAUCAGCCCUCCUGUCCCUGUGCACACCCAGCGGUCCAGUGCCACGUCUCCUCCGUUGCUCUGGGUCCUUAGAUCUCAGUUGGACAUUUGUUUUCUUCUUAGUUGCAUUUCCUGGGUUUUUGUGACGAUCAAUGAACUUUAAAGAAAAAAAAAAUAAAAACAACCAAAAAAAUUGAAGAAA